AUUAUUAGCUAUGCAAAAAUUCAACCUGAUAGAUUUUGGGAGGAACUUUGAAAAGACCAUGAAUGAAUGUGCGAAGAAAACUUGUUAUCACAAGACUCACGGGACAAGUCAAGUCGUCUGCUUUCACACUUCGCAGAGUUCUCUUCAUUGCCUAUUUAAUGAGUAGAAUUAUGGCUGAAAUUGACAUCGCAAAGGCGUUACAAACAGUCAGAAGCAAGAUCAGCGCAGCAUCCAAGCCACAGCAGAGACUUCAACCGCGGCUUGUUGCUGUUAGCAAGACCAAACCAAAAGAACUCAUCAUUGCCGCUUAUCGGGAAGGCCAACGACAUUUCGGUGAAAAUUACAUCCAAGAGCUGAUCGAAAAAUCGAACAACCAGGAGAUUCUGCGUGAGUGUCCGGAUAUAAAAUGGCAUUUCAUCGGACGAGUGCAAAGCAACAAAGUGCCGAAAUUGGUUAGCGUACCCAAUCUGUACGUCGUCGAGACUUUGGACUCAGAAAAACUGGCAGCUGCUCUGAAUCGAGGAUGGAGUCAACGUAACAACCCCACACCAUUGAAUGUCAUGAUUCAGGUGAAUACGAGUGGUGAAGUUCAGAAAGGUGGUGUGGAGCCUUCAGAAACUGCAUCCCUGGCCCAAUACGUGGUUAAAGAAUGCGCGAGUUUGAAGUUCUUAGGGAUCAUGACAAUUGGAAUGGCAAGCUACGACCCUAGUACGGGUCCUAACCCCGACUUUGUGAACUUGGUAAAGUGUCGAGAUGCGAUGUGUGAGAAGUUGGGUCUGGACAGUGGUGAUAUUGAAUUGAGCAUGGGCAUGUCAGCUGAUUAUGUGCAUGCAAUUGAACUUGGAAGCACGAAUGUAAGAGUAGGGAGCACUAUUUUCGGCCAGCGCGACUACACUGCAAAGAAAUAGAGGCAACUUUCGAGGUACGCCGUGUGUCGUGAACAUGGAAGCAAUUAUGUUGUACGAUAACGAAUAAACAUUGUGAAUUGUUUCAUUACAAAGAACAUGAACUUGCAGUCUGGUUCAGUUAUGUAAGAAAUACGUAGCUCUACCAGAAACCAAUUGGCAUGCUCCCACACCUUUCUCAUUCGCUAAUUAAUCCCUUUUAAAUCCUCAUAAAAAUCACUUAUAUCCAGCCAGAAUUUUUAUACAGUACAAUAUUUUUGCUGUGGCAAAAUAAAACAUAAAGAAAUAAUAACGCAUAAGAAAUAGGGUCCUCGUACUGCCAAGAGCAUCGCAACGUCAUUUCGAAAGACAACAAUAGAAGACGUGAGAACAGCCAUUAUCUGAAAUUUGGCAAAAUAGUUUAAAUCAAUCUCUCAAUUUGUAUUUUUGGCAGCGGCGAGUUAUUAAAUAAAUCAAAUAUUGCACAUGGUAUUAUAA